AUGGGGGUCCCGCGCAUUACGUUUGGAAACAGAGGCCCCCCAAAUGGAAAAGGAAGGAUAGGGAAGAGGUUCCGCUCUGCCUUUCGCUCCGUCCCAUUCCAGAUCGCCGUCGCCAGCGGUGUUUCCUUCACCGCACCAGGCAUGUGGGACGCGCUGAAUAAUCUGGGCGCUGGAGGCGCUGCAGAGCCAUAUGCUGUGUCUGCGGCCAACGCCUUGGUCUAUGGCCUCUUCUUCAUCGUCUGCAUCGCUGCCGGGGCUAUCAAUAACCGGAUCGGUCUGCGGUACGGCCUGGCGCUCGGAGCCGUGGGCUAUCCUCUCUACGGUGCUGGUCUCUACGUCAACAACGUCAGGGCGGUGACCUGGUUCAUGCUGUUUGGCAGCGCGCUUUGUGGUCUCUCAGCGGGAUUCUUUUGGGCAGCCGAGGCGGCCAUCAUUAUCGGUUAUCCCAGCCCGAGUGACAGAGCCUUCUAUCUGGCCAUCUGGCAGACAGCAAAGGCGGCAGGUCCCAUAGUCGGAGGAGCCAUCAACCUCAGCCUGAACGCGCAGACGUCCACCUCAGGCUCCGUCAGCUCCUCAACUUAUAUUGCCUUCAUCGUCAUCAUGUGCCUAGGCCUCCCGAUCGCACUCUGCCUGAGCCCAGCCGAGAAGGUCUGGCGCAAGGACGGGACCAGGGUCGUCAUCGACAGAGCACCCACCCUCGCAGCUGAGUUCAGAGCCGUCUUCGACCUGUUGAAAUCGCGCCGCAUCCUCCUUUUGCUCCCGGCCUUCUUCAUCAGCUACUUCUACAACGGCCUCCUCAGCACCUGGCUGACAGACUACUUCACCGUCCGGGCGCGAGCUUUCUCCUCCUUCUUCACCAAUUUCGCCGGCAUCUUCAGCUCCUUCCUGAUCGCCGCACUUCUGGACCGCCAGAGCAUCCACAUCAAGACUCGCGCAAGGAUUGCCUUCUCUGCCAUCGUCCUCGUCCUGACGGGAACGUGGAUCUGGGCCAUCAUCCUCCAGAAACAGUACUACGACGCGCCCACAAGCCCCGUCUUUGACUGGUUCACCAGCGGCUUCAACGCUUCCUACGCCCUCGUCUUCUUCUGGACCUUUGCCGGCCAGGCCUUCCAGCAGUUUCUGUACUGGCUCGUCGGGCAGUACACCACGGACCUGUCCUCCGUAUCGCGGCACACGGGCAUCCUGCGGGGCUUCGAGGCGCUGGGCCAGACGGUCGCGUGGGCUAUGCAGUCUGAGGCCAAUGUCAACCACUUUGUCAGCAUUGGGAUGAACUUUGGGGUUCUUCUCAUCAGUGUGUUUCCGACCUGGGUGGUCUUGUCGGAGUUGGAGCAAAGCCAGGAGACGAGGCAUGCCUGGGGUAUGACAGCACUAUGA